AUGCAAAUGGUCGAGAUUGCACGCAGAGUCGACCUACAGACACCUUAUGGGGGAAUUCUAAAUUCCACAAGGCCGCCAGCAAAUGCAGUGGCACUCAAAAAUAUCAAAAGCGAGUAUUAUAUCCGUGCGCUUCGCGGAAGUACUCCUCAAGGUGGCAAGUGUUCUAGUUAG